AUGAAGUCAUGCGUCCCUCCUGGGUUCAGGUUUCACCCCACGGACGAGGAGCUCGUCGGCUACUACCUCCGGAAGAAGGUGGCCUCGCAGAAGAUCGACCUUGACGUCAUCCGCGACGUUGACCUGUACCGCAUAGAGCCAUGGGAUCUCCAAGAGCACUGCAAGAUUGGUUACGAGGAGCAGAGUGACUGGUACUUCUUCAGCUACAAGGACCGCAAGUACCCGACGGGGACGCGCACGAACCGGGCCACGCUGACGGGGUUCUGGAAGGCGACCGGGCGGGACAAGGCGGUGCGCGACAGCGAGCAGGGCGGCGGGCUCAUCGGCAUGCGGAAGACGCUCGUCUUCUACACGGGGAGGGCGCCCAGCGGCCGGAAGACCGACUGGAUCAUGCACGAGUACAGGUUGGAGACCGACGAGAACGCCGCACCUCAGGCAAGCAGACCAUAG